UUAAAACUUAUGAAAAGAAACAUCCUUUUGUUUCUGACUUCAUACAAGGGCAAUAUAAUUAUGAUCUUUUCGACGAUUACUGUUUGUGGCUUUCUGAAGGGCUUCUUGCUAGCCAUAUGAAUAAGAUGCAUGGUGAAGAUCGGUAUAAGAAUAAAAAAGCAAAACUGGCGGUUGAUAUGGAUUUGGGCAUUCAUCGAAUAUCAAACAAGAAUUGGUUAUACUCUCUGUCUUAUGAUAAACAACUGCUGAAUGAUGAGCAUAUUGAUGUGAUCAUGUAUUACUUGCGUAAAAAAAAGUAAAUACAACAUCUAUAGUCGCUACAGAUACACUACUGUUGAUUGUAUAUUCAAGUCAAAAAUUUCUGAAAUUUAUGCUGCAUAUGCUCAAGUUGGAAGUAACUUUUGUGUUGCAAAUGUUGAAAGCGCCAUACGUGAUUACAUAAAAGGAUAUAGGUUGAUGGCUGCCAUUCCAUGGAAUACAAUCGACAAUGUGUUCAUACCAGUGAACGUGGAGCAUAAAAAUCAUUGGGUGUUGGUUGUUUUGUCAUUAAUUGACAAACACAUUUAUGUAUAUGACUCAUACAGAGCAGCAGGUCAUAACUAUCAUGUUAGAGAAGAAAUUCAAAAGCUUGCUCAGCUUCUGCCAAUGUAUGUUUCAAUGGAGAUUGGAAAUGAUUCGGAUGAUGCAGAAGAUAACCACAUCGCAUACGACGUGACUUAUGUGGAGGAUAUACCUCAACAAGGAUCAGAUUUUUUGGAUUGCGGGAUAUACUUGCUAGCAUUUGCCGAGUACCUAAGUGAGGGUGAAGGUAUUCCAGUUAAGUAUCUUGAUUCUAAGUUACACCACAUCAGAUACGGUGCAUUCUUGUGGGAAUAUGCAAUGAAAAAGAUGAAAGACGGGGCUGUUAGCGAUAAUGAGGCACCACCAAGAAGAAUGAGGACACCCGCAAGGAUUGAUAAUAGUCAACUUGUUGUGAUUGAUUAGUAUUUUGUACUAGUUCUAUUUUUUUUGAACUUAUGGUAAAAAC